UCAAAUUUCUCAAGAGAGCUCGGAUUACUUGUUCGACAGUACACAGAUCCGGACUGUCCUCAAUGGUCAAAAGUACCAAAUGCCUCGAAAGAAAGAAUACUUGCACAUUUGGAAAUAUGGAGAAGGGCAUAUGCCUGGGAUCUUGAGAGGCAUUGAUACUUCGUGUGCUAAAAAGUAUUAUGAUUGGAAGUACGAUAUUAAAGAACAUUUAACGAUUAAUGGGCCACAAAAUCGUUAUGGUGGUUGCACGGAUAUGCAGUGGCAAAAAGCCAUUGAAUUUUUCCGACGCCCAGAAAUUACGAAACAUUCUGUGGUCAACAAGGAAAAUAGGAAGAAACUGAAAGAGCUUAGCUAUGGAGGUUCUCAGUCAAUCCCAGCCCUGCGCUAUAAAAAACGCAAUUUAGAGACUGAGCAACUUGAGCCCAUCCCGGAUAGCUGGAUGGAUACUCACCAUAAAUCAGGCACAGGGUGGGUGACAGAGACAGCCAAAAAUACUUGGGAGGAAUUGCGUGCAUAUUGCGACACACAGCAGACACAGACAACUGAUACUGAGAGUUCCACACCAGUUUCGAGUGCGCCUGAAGAUGAAGACAUAUCUUUGGUACAAACUGUCUUCGGAAAACGACGGGGCCACCAGAAAGGAUAUGGACAUAUCCUUAACAUAAGGGACCGAACUCCAUUUGAUUUUCGUCCUUCACAAACUAGAGAUGAAGAGAUGUCUGAGAUGAGAGAGCGUCUUCGACAGUUAGAGGAGCAUGUCCGGACUCAUUGUAUCACCCCGGGAUCUCAAUGUGCCCCACCACCACCCAAUGAUCCCGAUGUUGGAGCACCGACUCAGUAGGACUUAUGUAUGAAUUUUAUUACAAUGGACUAUUACAUUAUCAUGUUUAAGACAACUCUUUAUUUUGAUUCAGCAAACAUACUCUUAUGUUUUUAUUUAUAUGUUUAA